UGCCUCCUUGAGUGACACCUGGAGGCCUCGCUUCCAAGGAAGGAACCAUCUUCUAUGAUUUCAUCUACACUCUUCCUUCUGCUUUUAAUCCUUCCAAAAUUAACAAGUUAACUACCAUCAACCGCCUUUCUUCUUCUUCUUCUUCUUCUUCUUCUAAACAGAUGCUCUCUGCAAUCUCUGCAACCUGUCUUCAAUGGGCAUCAAAGAAUUCAUGAUCUCCUUCCUCCUAACAUUAGUCCUCUUCACACUCCUCUUCAUACCCACAAUACUAACCAGAACAGCUACCAGCUUCCGGCCAGUAACCACAAUUCAUCUUCCCAAAUCCGAAAAUUCUUACCCUGUAAGAUUUGCCUACCUGAUCUCUGCUUCAAAAGGAGAUCUUCCAAAGCUAAAACGGGCUCUGCAAGCACUCUACCACCCAGGGAAUUACUACCUCCUCCACAUGGACCACGAUGCGACGGUGACAGAGCAUCUGGAGCUAACCCAAUUCGUCGCCAAGGAUCCAGUUUUUGCACAAGUGGGUAAUGUUUGGGUGGUGCAGAAAUCGAAUAUGGUCACCUAUAGAGGACCCACUAUGCUUGCCACCACUCUCCAUGCCAUGGCAAUGCUUCUGAGGACCUGCAAUUGGGAUUGGUUUAUUAACCUCAGUGCCUCUGAUUAUCCCUUAAUCACUCAAGAUGAUCUGAUCUAUGCCUUCUCUGACCUUCCUAAAGAUCUAAAUUUCAUACAACACAGCAGCCAUUUGGGUUGGAAAAUGAAUAAGAGGGGGAAACCUAUCAUCAUUGACCCUGGUCUCUAUAGCCUCAACAAAUCAGAGAUCUGGUGGGUUAUAAAACAGAGGGCUCUCCCAACUGCUUUCAAGCUAUAUACAGGUUCUGCUUGGACAGUUUUAUCUAGAUCCUUCGCUGAGUACUGUGUAGUGGGUUGGGAGAACCUACCAAGAACUCUCCUUCUAUACUACACAAAUUUUGUCUCAUCACCAGAGGGAUAUUUCCAGACAGUGAUAUGCAACUCUGAGGAUUACAUGAACACAACAGUGAAUCAUGAUCUUCAUUACAUUAAAUGGGAUAUACCACCAAAACAGCAUCCAAGAUCCCUUGGAUUGAAAGAUUACAGAAGAAUGAUUUUUAGCAAUGCUGUAUUUUCGAGAAAGUUCAAGCAAAAUGAUCCUGUGCUAGACAAGAUCGAUCGAGAGCUUCUCAGGCGACACCAUGGACAAUUCACAUUUGGGGGUUGGUGUUCAGAAAAAGUGGGAAGACACAAUACAUGUUCAGGUUGGAAGAGUGAGAGAUUUGGUGUUCUAAAGCCUGGACCUGGUUCCAGAAGAUUGAAAGCUUUGCUAACUAAGAUGCUUUCAAUGAGAAAUUUCAAGAGAAGGCAAUGUAGAUGAAAUUUUUCAGACAAGAUUAGGAGGACCACCAAGCAUGGCAUUCUUAUAAAUAAAUCUGACAAUUUUUUUGAAGAAUUGGGAGUGGAUAACACUGAAUUGGCUUAUGACAGCAUAUUUUUCUUCUCUCUUUCUUGUAAAUAAUGAAUUUUAUUAUCUUAAUUCAUUUGAUAAUAAUAAGAUGUGGGACUAAACUCCCAACACUCUCAUUAUUGAGAUUAAGAGUUCUUUUGAGUGACCCAGAAAAGCUAUGUAAAUGAAUGCAGUACAGGUUAAAGUUGAUUUAUUGCAUUGAAUGGAUUUGAAUCUAUUGUGCUUAG